UCCCUCCUCCCUGCGAUGAUCCGUUUGGUCGCGGCAAACUUUGCCGUUCUUCUUCCUUGUAUCCCACGCUUCAAAUCCUCCCUCUCUCUAAACUUCAAAUCUCUGUCUCUCAUCGCUUUGACCGUUGUAGGUUUAAGAGCACCUUCGUCCUUGCAAAGCUUUUCCAUACAUUUUCUCCGUUCUCUCUAUCUUGAUCAUCUCGACCAGUUUCCCUGUGUCUCUCUUUCUUGGGUCGUUUUCUUUCUCGACCUUUUCGUUUGGGCUCGUCUUCGUACCCUUUAUUGGUUUUCUCUCUCUUGGGUCAUGGAGAGACCCAGCUCCCCUUCUUUCUCUGUGCUCCACUACCUUAAGGGCACCUAUGUUGCAUUCGCUUUCUGUUCAGCUCUUAUUCUUGGAGCCCUGAAAGGGAUUGUUGUUGGUCCAAUUGCUUGCUUGAUUCUCAUUACUGGAAAUGUUGGAGUGAUUUUGGGGUUGUUUCCUGCACAUGUUACAUGGACAGUCGGUGCUAUCAUCAAGACUAAACGGUUUGUUUUGGAUCUUAAAUUAGUCCUGCUUUUCUCGAUCCCAUUUUUAUUCGGUUUUUGGUUAGUUGUUGGCAUCACUGGAAGUGUGUUGGUUGGAUUCGGAUAUGGAUUUUUCACCCCAUGGGUGUCGACUUUUGAGGCUUUUCGACAGGAUGGAGAAUUCACAAAGUUCUCGCACUGUGUAGUGGAUGGAACAUGGGAUACAAUCAAGGGCAGUUGCGUGGUUGUUCGGGAUUUUGCAGAUAUCUGCUACCACUCAUAUCCUUUGUACUUGAAGGAGACAAGUGAGAGAACUACUUCAGAUGAACCUCAGACUAUCAGGUUGAUGGAGGUUCCUAAAUGCAUCAUCAUAGGGCUAAUGGGUCUCAUAGUGGAGAUUCCCCUCUUCACAAUUAUUGCUGUGACAAAGAGUCCAUUCAUGCUCUUUAAGGGUUGGCAGCGACUCUUACAUGAUUUAGUGAGCCGAGAGGGUCCAUUCCUAGAAACUGCUUGUGUGCCCAUUGCUGGCCUGGCAAUCCUUCUAUGGCCUCUAGUUGUGCUUGGAAGCAUCCUCCUAUCUAUUUUCUCAAGCUUCUUUAUUGGCUUGUAUGGAGCAGUAGUCGUUUAUCAGGAAAGAUCUUUUAGGAGGGGUCUUGCUUAUGUAAUUGCCAUGGUUGCUGAAUUCGAUGAGUACACAAAUGAUUUGCUUUAUUUAAGAGAAGGGUCUCCACUUCCUAAGCCUGGGUACAGAAAGAAGAUAGAGCCUCAGAACAAAGACUUCUCUAAUGGAAUUGACCAUGUUUCAGCCACCCAGCAUCUUCGAAACAAUACAUCUAACACUUCAGAGGCCCCUGGGAUGCUUGUUCCAAAUUUAGCUCACACGAGAUCUGUUAGAGAGGCAAUACAGGAAGUAAAAAUGGUGCAGGUAUGGGAAGAGAUAAUGAGAUCCUAUGAAGCAAAUGGGAAACAACUUGUGGAUGCCAAUGUAAUAACAACUGCCGACCUUGCAGAGUAUGGCAGGGCCACAAAACUCAAAAGCAAUUCCAUUAGCAACAGCAGUGGAGGACAAGCGAGCAUCAUAGGCCAUGGCUUGCCAUCUUAUUCUUGCCUCAAUGCCCUCCUUAGAUCCAUAAAAAUGGGUUCAGAAGGGUGGGUACUAAGCAAUGGGGUCGAACUGACCCAUGCUAAUCGCCCACAGGACAGGCUCAUGGACUGGUUCUUCCACCCUUUGUUGGUGUUGAAGGAGCAAAUCAAGGCCAUUAAGAUGGUUGAAGGGGAAGUUAGGUUCUUGGAGAAGUUCACUCUCUUUUCGGGUGAUGAGCAAGGAAUGGAGGCUUGGAACAAUGGAUCGGUUGUCCCUCAAGAUGCUCUUAGGAAUGCCCAGAUUCAAGCCAUCAGCAGGAGGCUACAAGGAAUGACAAGGAUCAUAUCAAAGUUUCCCACAUAUAGAAGGCGAUACCAACAGGUUGUUAAGUCUUUGACAGUAUAUUGCCUGCAAAAUGAAGGCAUGUACGAUUCCAUAUCAUCGAGAUCCACGGCUUCCAUUGAAAUAGUUUGAUUGUAAACUUGUGCAUGUAUGUGGAAAAGAUUUGAAACAGGAAAAUUGUGCCAGCAUACCCUUGCUCGUCACUGAUGCUUCCUAAAUGCUUCAGAUCACUAGUUUUUUGGUGGUUUUUGAAUGUACAGAAAUGUAACAUAUGUAUGUAGAAUGGUCCUGCCUCAUGCUGCAUGACCAGUGCAUUGUAAAAUUCGUUGAAAAUACGAAAAAUGGAUAUCCUUCUGCAAUUGUUUUUGUUGGCUAUGGCAAGGAAACGUCAUCACAAGCCAUCAAUUGUCUGUAUGAUGUGUGAUUUGCAUGACCUAUUCUGUUCCAUGCAAUUCACUCUUGGUUCAAAUAUUAGAGUCUUAUAAU